AUGCACAAAGAUGACGUCGGAGAAUUACUCGACAGAUCCUGGGAAGGCUUUCGGGAACAGCUCUUGAGCAUCUACCUCACAGGGGCAGCGCCACAGUUUGAGUAUUCGGCUGGAUAUUCCUCUGCCACGUCCAACCCAGCUAGCCCGGCAAGUGUGGCAUCCCCGUCCUUCCCGACGAGCUUGGCGGGACACCAGAUCGUGAAAUCCGUGAAAUCAGGGAGGUCAGGCGAGUGUGACACCUCUGACCAAGUCCAGCGAUACCAUGGUGAUUCGUUCGCGCUGCUGGGGUCCAGCCUAGCGAACAUGGGUGCUGAUGAGGUGACGAAAAUCAAGAACAGGCUUCGUUUGCGUUUGGGUGCCAACUCCUUACACAAGCUGGUCUCUGGCAAGUCCCUUCUCGAUGCCGUUGUCUCCCUCGGCUUGACGAUGUACCAUGAGGAGGACAUGAACGACUUUGUCAAUCAUCUGGCAGAUUUCGUUGGCUUGUACUUCGAGGCGGAUGAGACUAGACAAAGGCGCCCCAGCCAGUCCUUGAACUCAUUGUCCAUGUUCAGGGCUGCUGAAGAUGCUUGGACCCUUGGCAAACCGAAAUGGAAGUGGCCGAGCCCUGAUGGGCAAGCACAUCUCGCCCGCAGUGUCACGAAGAGCGUCCCCUUCGGUACCGACGGCUCCGCAACUCGCACCUUCAACGUGGUCCCCGCCCAAGCCCUCAUGGAUGUUUUUCUCUCCACGGAGGCCGAUGUUCCGAAGAGAAUCUUCGGCCCAAGGCUAAUGAACCAGUUCCAGGCCAUGCGCGAGAUCCUUCUGGCUGGCGAUACCAACCGGCUUGUCGCGGAGUUAACUUUCGUAAGGAUCAACGAUCUGGCGGCACCUCCGGAGCCUGUACAUCCUCUCAUGUACAUUGAGCCCUUUGUUGCGAUACUUAUCGUUUUGAACGGCAUUCUGAUCGGCUUCCAAACGGAUCCUGCGUAUCAGGACUGGCCAGGGUGGGCAUAUGUCGACUUGGCAUUUCAGAGCUUUUUGCUGCUAGAGAUCUUGUUCAGAAUGCACUUUCUGAGAUGCCGGAAAUAUUGGUGGGGGCCUGAAAGCUGGUGGAACUGGUUCGAUCUCUUUCUUUUCGGGAGUGGAUUGGCAGAUGUGAUUCUACAGUUCGCCGGCGAUCAACAGUCAGAUAUGGCGGCCACAUCCUUGCUCAGAUUCUGCCGUUUGAUUCGUUUGGUUCGCAUUGUCAAGGUGUUUCGUAUAAAGUUCAUGCGCGAUCUUCGCUUGAUGGUAAAGGGCCUGAUUGCCGGCGUGAGGACGCUGGCUUUGGCUUUUGUGCUCUUGUUCGCGGUGUUGUACGUCAUCUCGGGCUUCGCAGCGAUGACGAUCGGGAACAGCGAAGAAGUCGCGAACAUUGGGCUCGACGGCUUCUUCUACAACAUCCCUGCCUCUAUGUACACAGCCUUCAGGUGCUUUACAGGGGAAUGCACUACGAACGACGGCGCACCCAUCCAUUCGCUGUUGGCAGAUGUGUUUGGCUUGCCUUUCAUAGCCUGCUACGUAGUCAGUUACAUGCUGGUGACAAUGGGCAUCUUCAAUCUGAUAUUGGCCGUGUACGUCGACAUAACGAUGAAAGCGGCGAAGGAGAACGAUGCCGUCACGGCAGAGCAGUACUCACGGGAGUCCAUCCGUAUCGCCCGAACAACACGCGAGCUGUUGAAGAAGUUCUCCUCGGCUUAUCACGUCUUCCAUGAAAUGGAGGAUUCCGUGAAGCACUCUAACACAAUAGACUGGAUGAAGGCGAGCGUCUUCACUGAGGAGGGGAUGGACAAGAUAGCCAUCACCAAAGAGCUCUUUUUGCUGAUCAUACAAGACCGUGGGGUGCAGAAGCUGAUGGACGAUUUGGAUCUACCCCCAGACAGGGCUAAUCUCUUCGAAAUUAUUGAUGCCGACGGAAGCGGCACCCUUCAAAUAACAGAGCUCUUGCAUGGCUUGUUAAAGAUCCGAGGCGAGAUCAACAAAAGCGAUGCUGUAGCUACACUUCUGGCAACCCGGUCUGUGCAGACCUUGAUCACCGAAAUGAAAGCAGACACCAACCGGAAGUUGGACACGCUUCGGUCCGAGUUGGUGGAGCAGCUGACCCGACUGCGCAAGAGCAACAUAAAUCGGACCCUCGCAUCUCCAAAGGCGGAGGAGGAAACGCAGAAACCCGCAGCUCCAGCUGUUUUGGAGCUGAGGCUGCCUUGCAAGCCAUCUGCCUGCGAGGAGGAUCCGAUGAUCCCCGUGUGGCCUGCCAGCCCCACCACCAGAAGGAAUUACUAG